AUGGCUCGUAGACAACAUCGCAAGUCCCGCAAUGGCUGCAUCGAAUGCAAGCGGCGUCAUGUUAAGUGUGACGAGAAGCGACCCAUCUGCUCCAACUGUACAGUCUCAGAAAGAACGUGCCAAUAUGCAGAUCCAGAUGCACCAUCUACUGUGUCCAGCGCACACGCAUCUCCCGCUCCGCCCGUCGCAAGGACAUCCGCCCAGGAUGUCCCCGAAGACGUGGAGCAUAAGUGCCCUCCAGUGAACAUGGAGCAUAUUGAGCUGUUCUACCAUCUAUCAACUCAAACCAUCCAUUCAUUACGCCUAGAACACGAGGGUCUCGACGUCUCAUUUUCCGAUAUCAUGAAAGAGCUGGUCUCCGCGCCGUAUCUCAUGAACGAACUGCUCGGCCUAUCCGCCAUGCAUCUCAGCACGCUGCAUCCGGAAAAACAAAAUCAUUACCGACACCAGGCAGCAGAGCUACAAAAUCACGGUCUAUCAAUAUUCAACCAAAUGAAGCCUGAAAUCAACGCCGAAACAUGUGUUCCCAUGUUCGUUUUUUCUGCGGUCCUUGGCCUGCAUGUCAUGUGCGAAACAUUUGUCUUUCGAGAGAUUGAAUUUGAACCAUUCAUGGACCGGUUCGUUCGCUAUCUCUCUUUGCAUCAAGGAGUUAGGGUGAUGACGAUUGGCACAUGGGAUUUGCUAAAGCAGAGUGCUCUACAGCCACUGUUAAAACAGGGGGAAGCUAUUCCAUCUGGUACUGAAUCCGGACAUACCUGCGCGAGACUUCUGGAUCUCAUCAAGGGAGCCUACCUAAGUCAUGAAUACAUGGAUAUUUACGAGAAGGCCAUAUCAGCUUUGCAGUCUGUCCUCAGCGCCGCGCAGUCAGAUCUGAACGGGAGGCCCAAUAUCAAUGCUAUUAUAACUUGGCCGGUGAUACUGCCUCCUGGGUACACCGAGCUAUUAAGAAAAAGAGAGCCGUACGCCCUCAUAAUUUUGGCUCAUUACGCCGCGCUUGUCCAUUCUCGCCGCGAUUUGUGGAUGUGUGGUGAUGGAGGGCAGUUUUUGAUCGAACUCAUCAGUCGACAUCUAGGGAGUGGAUGGUCCGACUGGCUGAUAUGGCCUAAUUUGGCUAUAGUUGACCCGGAAGGCGCCAUAGCAGGAGGUUGA